UGCUGCUGCUGCUGCUGCUGCUGCUGCUGCUGUAGGGCCCCUCAAAUAUUUUCUCAACUUCCUCCAAAUCAAUGAUUCUCAUGCAAGUCGACUGUGGUAGUUUCUCUUUUUUAGGGGGAAUAACCUACUUUCCGAGAAGUGUGGAUACGGUCCACCCACCCUAUGCACCAUUGUACGCAGGUUUAUUGUUUCCAUUUUAUGGCAGUAUGAAAUAGGCUAUCGAUUUAACUUGUCCUAUUUCAACUUUGGCCAAGAUUGGAUUUUUAAACGAGCUGGGCUGGGCAUCUCCGGCCGGACCCGCCUGGGAGCAGAGGAGUACAGCACUGUGUGACUCGCAGGUCGGAGUGCGCAAAGCUACGCGCCCCUGUGAUUCAUCCGCAGUUUCCAGACGGUGCGCAGGUGGAGGCGAAGAGGAGAGAGGAAGCAGCCGCUCGGGACGGACAGAUGAAACGGCCAGGGAUGUUCAAUACGCGCCAGAUUUAUUCCACCUAAGGAACAAACUGUUUUUAUUUUUUUGUAUUUCUCCACCCCUCUGGUGUUGCAUUGAUUUGGCGCCACUGACUCUAUUUGGCGCAGCUGAAACCCGUUUUUCCUCCAUGACAAAAGUUUGACUGUUAAAAAAUGAUGCUCUGCUGCGCUCCUGUUGUUUCAUGCGCUGCUGUGGAUUCCGGCGUCAGCGUAAGUGACCAGUCAUCACUUGAGAAAUAGCUGCGAUUCUUUCGGUCCUCAUUUCGGUGCCAGUUCCAACAAACAGAGGGUUUUUAUCCUCGCGCAUCAUCGCUCGCCCGGGAUUUGCAUCCAUUUGAAUUUAUGUCGCACUCCAUAAUGGACUUCCUCGGACUGUACUUCUUACAGCUGGCUCUGAUCGGAGUCCCACGCAUGGCUCUCUCUGCAGGCGGGAGGGACUGCCUGCGUGCGGGAGACACCUGCUCCAGCGACGACACCUGCAGCCCGCGACUGCGCACCCUCAGGCAGUGUGUGGCGGGGGACGGCAGCGUGAAGCUGGGGCCCGGGGCCCGGAACCAGUGUGAGACUGCCAUGACGGCGCUGCUGUCCACUCCUCUCCACGGCUGCCAGUGUAAACGAGGCAUGAAGAAGGAGAAGAACUGCCUGAGCAUCUACUGGAGUCUGCAUCAGUCCGUGCUGCACGGACUCAGUCUGGUGGAGGACUUCCCGUAUGAACCAGAGGAGAGGGGCUCUGACUACGUGCGUCUGGCCUCCAUUGCUGCAGAGUCUGAAGUAACAACGGUGAACCGCUGCCUGGAUGCCGCCAAGGCGUGUAACAUAGAUGAGACGUGUCAGAAGCUUCGUACGGAAUACGUCUCGUCUUGCAUCCAGCCGUCGGCCCGCUCAGGUCCAUGUAACCGCCCAAAGUGCAACAAGGCGCUGAGGAAGUUCUUUGACCGCGUCCCCCCUGACUACACCAACGAGCUGCUGUUCUGUCCCUGCACCGACACGGCCUGUUCAGAGCGCCGGCGCCAAACCAUCGUGCCGUCCUGCUCGUACGAAGACAAGGACAAGCCCAACUGCCUGGCCCAGCUGCGGAUCUGCAAAGCAGACUAUGUGUGCAGGUCUCGCUGGGCACAGUUCCAGUAUGAUUGCCAACCUUCGGAGCAGAGCGCCAGUGGCUGCAAGCAGGAGAACUACGGAGCAUGUCUACUUGCGUACACCGGCCUGAUUGGAAGCACAAUAACUCCCAACUACCUCGACAACUCCACAUUCAACGUGGGACCCUGGUGCUCCUGCGCAGCGAGCGGCAACCACAGGGAGCAAUGCUCCGACUUCCUGACUUCCUUCCACGACAACGUCUGCUUGAAGAAUGCCAUCCUGGCCUUCGGGAACGGGUCGGAUGAGAGAACGGGCGCCAGCCAGCCCGGGAUGCCCAGUCCAGCAACCGACAACCAGAGCCCACACCUGGCGACCACCGCCCCGGGCCUCUCCAUGGAAACAGAGCAGAACAUUCUGAGAGCACAGAUACCGACUCAGGUAAACGAGAACGAUAGAUUGUGGGGCGACGAGGGAGACUCCACUCUUCCCUCUCCGGGCCUGUCUGACCGUGGAGCCGAGCCCGUCCACCUGUCCCUGAUGCUGGGCCUCGGUUGGCUGCUCCUGCUGCUGCUCUCCGACCAAUAAGAGGCCUCGCUCACCGGGCCUCCAUGGACCAAACGCCAAACCUGGUGGAUGGGCGGGGGGGGGUUGGUGUGUGUGAGAGAGAGAGAGAGAGAGAGAGCCAUUUCUAUGUGUCAAAGGACGGUGGGGGAAAAGGGUCAACUCUGUCCUGCCCCGCUCCAUCUGUCACAAAAAAAAAAAAACGAGGAAAAAAAAAAAAAAACCACACUUAAUCUUUUUGUGAAUCAUGACUCAGAGCAGAUGUGUUGUUUAGGCCACGCCCCUCAGGAGACCACAGAGAGGCGGCCGCUACCCAGGAAGUACACACCUCAUUUCUUGCUUCAUGCCUCCCCGAAUACAGACUGCUGUACGACACACAAAUGCAGACUUUGCUCAUCUGAAAACAACGUCCACGCUACAGUGGAGAGGGCCAGAGGGACCAGAGGGUGUACAGUGACGAGACGCUGGUGAGGCAGCGCCAGAGAACUCUACACAAUAUAUAUAUAUAUAUAUAAAGUUAAAAAAAUACACUACAUUUCGUUUUGGUCCCUGAACAUUCCUUGGUGUAAAAGAAAACUAUUAAAUGUUAAGACCUUAGUCUCAGAUGAACUGUGAUGAAGUGUUCCAUGAGAUUUAAGGUGGACGUGUGUGUUCGUCUGCUCAUUCAGCUUUGCUCUCGUUCUCUUGUUGUCACACUUUUAUUACAGAUGAUUUGUUACCCAGAAAGCACAUAAUAUAUAUCUCACUAAUCACGAUGAAGUUUUUUGACUGUUGUGUCUUAAGUGGCAGGAUGAAAAGUUAAUAAAGAAUAUAUAUAUAUAUAUAGAAAGAAUUAAGUUGUUAAUUGACAUUCAAAUAAGAUUAAGAAAAUCUCCCAAAGUCUGUAAAAGUGUUUUAUUUUGUCAAACAAGGACCUACAUUACUUAUUAGCCUUCAAGAAUUGUAAUUCAUAUUAAUUUUAAAGCUAGAAAUAAGUUGAAGUAUUCAUGCAUUAAGCCACGUGUGAGGGCCUGACAGACGUUUGAGUUUGUUCCUCUUCAGAAAUGUAAAAAAAAAAGAUGAAAUUGUGUGGAUUUUUGGUGAUGCGACAAGAGAUGGAAACAAGUUUAUAUUUUUUAACUAUGUGGACUUUGCCGCAGAGAAAACAGAUACCGAUCGACAGGUUUGUGACACAUCACGCUGGGCCGGUGAGAGAACAGACGGCGUGGGCUUUGAUGCAUGAACGAAUGCGUCGCUCUCUGGAAAAACAAACUUGUGCGAUGAAAGUGGUGACCCAUGCCGGCCCCGCUACUGGCUGGGACUCUUUCCUCAACGUGGGACGGAUUUACAAUAUGUACUGUGGAGAAGACCGAGGUCGGUUCGGCACAAAACAAGGAAAUGUGUCGUCUUCAAUACUGCCGUUGAAUUCAGUUCUCUGAAGAAACACCUAUUUGUUCCACUGCGUUAAUAAAUGACACAACAUAUGCUGAUAUUAACACGGAGACAGAACGUGUUGCCCCGAGCCACAAGCAGACCUGAUGAAAAUGACACAUUCUAGUUCAAGUUGGACCUUAAAAAACCUCACGAUAUGAGCUCAUGAUGUUGUCAUAACAGCUCAAUACUUGUUGGAUUUUGCCUGCCAAGUUCCACCCGAAGGAAAAAAACCUGUUAAUUCUUCCUCACUGAUGUCCAUGUAGUUUGUAAGGAUCUGAAAAACAAUUCAACACAAACGGGCAGUUCACUCAAAUCACAGCUAUGUCCUCACCCACCCUCAGAGGUGCUGGUGAGACUUGCAGAUAUGUUUGGUUUUAUUUGCCCAGGUUUUGAGAUACUCUACUCUUACAUUGCUGCUGCCAUUCAAAUACAAUAAAGAUCAUUACAUCUUCUCUUAA